UUGAAAGAUGGACCUUCAUUCGCAGAUUUUGUUAGUUCAAGUGAGCAUGUUGUAUUUAUUCUCUUUUUGUUUUUCGACUUUUUAUCCCAUUAUAUUCAGCAAAAUCGUUUAGGCAGUAUAGAGGAGGCUGUUUCUAAAUAUAAGGGUAAGUUGAAACUUGAGAAAGGAGACCGACGACUUAGGCUACCUUCAUGGUUGAAGAAGGAACAGGUACUCCCAAGUGAGAACGAGGGCGUCGCUCGUAUGAAGAAACAGCUGAAGGGAUUGAAAUUGGCCACCGUUUGUCAGGAAGCAAGAUGUCCUAACUUGGGAGAAUGCUGGGGAGGUUCAAAAGAUUCAUUGUCCACUGCUACUAUAUUACUUAUGGGAGAUACUUGUACUCGCGGUUGCAGUAAUCGCGUCACAAGUUUAUUUAGAUUCUGUUCUGUAAAAACUGCUAGAAAACCACCACCGCUCGAUCCUAAAGAGCCAGAAAACACCGCUGAAGCGAAUAGUUCAUCUUGUGCUAGGUUUAAUCAAGAAAUCAGGUGGUGGUGGUUUCAUUCUUUCUCGAUCAAGAGUGGACUUGACGUCUAUGCACAUAACCUGGAGACAGUGGAACGCCUCACACCUUGGGUUCGUGAUCCUAGAGCGAAGUAUAAGCAAUCUCUUGAA